AUGAAAGUUAAAGUUAUCUCCAGAAAUCCGGACAAAUAUGUUCGUGAAACUAAACAGGACAUACAUAAAUGUUUUCGUAAUUAUGACCGUGAAUUACACCCUUUUCAAAGCUCGAGGGAGUACGUGCGAGCCAUGAACGCCACCAAACUGGAAAGAGUGUUUGCUAAACCAUUCGUAGGAAAUCUGGAUGGACAUCGAGAUGGAAUUGCGGUAAUGGCGAAAAGUUAUUCUAAAAUUUCGCUUAUUGCAAGUGGCGCUUACGACGGUGAGGUGAAGGUGUGGUAUGUGGCGAAUAAAAAGUGCAUAACGAGCAUUAAUGCACACACCGGUUACUGCCGAGGAAUUUCAUUUUGUGGCGAUGGCAGCAGGAUAAUCACGAUUGGAGACGAUAAGAAAAUUAUGACUUGGAGUUACGAUGUCGAUCAGGGAGAAGACGAAACUCCAAAGCCUUCGAACAUAAUUGCAACCAAAUCUGUUCUAGCCUCUUUGUCCCACAGUUUCGAUGGUCCAUGCUUUGCAACAAGCGGCGAAACCUGCCACAUAUGGGACGAGAGUCGCAACGAACCUCUAAAGGAACUGAAAUGGGGUGUUGAUUUACUACAGGACAUCAAAUAUAAUCCAACAGAAACGUCUGUCCUUGCGGCUUGUGGUUCUGAUCGUGGAAUUAUUUUGUACGACCAGCGUGAAACCAAACCUAUUCGCAAAAUAAUUAUGACCUUGCGCUCGAAUCAACUUUCCUGGAAUCCCAUGCAAGCGUUUCAUUUCACUGUUGCCAACGAAGAUCACAACCUAUAUACUUACGACACCCGUCAGCUAACGCAACCCUUAAAAAUACACCACGGUCAUGUCGGGUCGGUUACAUCUGUCGAUUAUGCACCCACGGGUAGAGAAUUCGUUUCCGGAAGCUACGAUAAAACCAUACGUAUAUUCAAUGCUGCAAAGGCCAACAGCAAAGAAAUUUACCACACGAAGCGUAUGCAACAUGUAACGUGUGUAAAUUGGAGCAUGGAUAAUAAGUUUAUAUUCUCUGGAUCCGAUGAAAUGAACGUACGUGUGUGGAAGGCAAAUGCGGCCGAAAAACUUGGCGCAUUACAGAUGCGCGAAAAGAAUGCAUUCAACUACAACACGGCUUUGAAAGAGAAAUAUGCUGCACAUCCUUCCAUUAGACGCAUUGCUCAACAUCGCCAGGUGCCGAAAAUGGUAUACAAUGAGCAGGCGAAGCAACGUGCUUCGAAGCAAAGGGAGAAACGCAAGGAAGAAAAUAGACGCCAAAAUUCAAAACCCGGUACCGUACCGUAUGUACCAGAAACCAAGAAAAAAGUUAUCAAUACGGAACACUAG